AUGUCGCUCGUCGGUUUCAUUGGUCUGGGUCAAAUGGGUGCCCAUAUGGCCCGAAAUCUCAUCAAGCACGGCCACAAAUUGAUUGUCUAUGACGUUAAUGCAAAGGUUCUCGAACAGUUUAAAGCCGAUGGAGCGACCAUUGCCAAAUUCCCGGCCGAUGUGGCUGCAGCGAGCAAAGAUAUCGUCACCAUGCUUCCAUCGAGUCCUCACGUUAAACUGGUAUACACUGGAGAUGGAGGACUUCUUGAAACACUGCAACCAAAUUCCCUUUGCAUGGAUAGCAGCACUAUCGACCAGAUGGUGUCGGUUGAAAUGGCGUUAGCUCUUCGCCAAAAGCAAGCGAGUUAUGUGGAUGCCCCAGUUAGUGGUGGUGUUGUUGGAGCUCAAAAUGCGACAUUGACAUUUAUGGUUGGUGGCGGUGAUGAGCAGCCAGUUUUCGAUCGUGCCCAUACAUUUUUGAGCAAAAUGGGCAAGAACAUCGUCAAUUGUGGAAAGGUUGGAAAUGGGCAAGCCGCAAAAAUUUGCAAUAAUAUGAUGCUUGGAAUUUCAAUGAUUGGUGUGUCGGAGACGAUGAAUCUUGGUAUUCGAAUGGGCCUUGAUGCAAAACUUUUGGCAUCAAUUCUGAACACUUCGUCCGGUCGUUGUUGGUCAUCCGAUACCUACAAUCCCGUUCCUGGAGUGAUUGAGGGAAUUCCACCAAGCAAGGAGUAUCAAGGCGGAUUCGGUAGUGCUUUGAUGGCGAAAGAUUUGUCGUUAGCUCAAAAUGCUGCUACCGCUACCCAUGCUCCAACUCCUCUUGGUUCUAUGGCGCAUCAGAUUUACCGUCUUUUAGCUCAAGACCCAAAUUUUUCUCAGAAAGACUUUGGCGUCGUUUAUCAAUUUUUGAAAGAAGAGGCGAAAAAGAGA